GGCGCAGCAGCGGCAGCAGGCCCUGGUGGAGAGCGUCUGCAGGCACGAGUACCUGGCGGAGAGCGCGGAGCUGGACACCUGGAUACAGGAGCAGUAUGCUGCUGCCUCCAGCGAGGAUUAUGGACAGGAUUAUGAACAUCUAUUGAUUUUACGUUCAAAGUUCGAAGAGUUACGUCACCGUGUGGAAAGUGGUGCGGAGAGGUUCAACCAGUGCGAGGAGCUGGCUAAAAAGCUGCUCGCCUCCGACAGCCCCUACAUCGCUGACAUCGAGCGCCGCCAGGAGGCGCUGGGCGAGUGUUGGCAGCGCCUAGUGGAGCAGAUCGGGUCGCGCGCCCAGCGGCUGCACGCGGCGGGCGAGAUCCACCGCUUCCACCGCGACGCGGGCGAGCUGGUGGUGCGCGCGGGGGAGCGCGCCGCGCGCCUCGCCGCGCCGCCGCCGCCGCGCGACCUGCGCGCCGCCGCCGCCCUGCUCCGCGACCACGACACCCUGGAGACUGACCUCCUAGCUAUCGACGCACAGAUGCAGGUGCUUCAAGAGGAAGGUGCUCGUCUCCAGAAGCUGUGUCCAGGCGGCAACGAGCAGCAGAUCGCACUGCGGCAGCGCGCGCUGGCGGACGCCUGGGCCGCGCUGCGCAGUGCUGCAGACCAGCGCCGGCUGCUGCUGCACCAGCAUCUGGAACUGCACCAGUUCCUCUCUGAGGUGCGGGAUGUACUGACGUGGUCAGCAGCUCUGCGAGGAGGCAUGGCAGGUGCUGCGCGGGCGCGCUCAGCUGCAGCGGCGCAGGCGCAGCGCGCGCACCACGACGCGCUACGUGCGGAGAUAGACGCACGAGAUGAUGACUUCCGUCUCGCUCUAGAAAGAGCACAGCGCUUGAUUGAUGCUGGACAUCCUGCUGCACAGGAGAUAGCAGAGAAGUGCGAGGCUGUGGUGGAGGAGCGCGCACAGCUGCACAGCGCGUGGGCGGCGCGGCAGGUGGCGCUGGACCAGCUGCACGACCUGCACUGCUUCCUGCGCGACGCCAAGCAGCUGCACGAGCUGUGCGCCUCGCAGGAGGCCGCGCUCUCCACAGAGAUAUCGCCCACCUGCAGCGUAGAGGAAGUCGACAACCAACUUAAAAAGCACGAGGCCUUUGAGAAGCUGCUCGCUACACAGGAUGAGAAAUUAACAACAUUAAACAGCCACGGCGAUAAGCUCCUGCAGCAGAACCAUGUGGAGAGCCAACGCAUCGCUGAUGAGCUGCAGCAGAUCAACGAAAGGAGAAAGAAGUUAUAUGACUCUGCAGCGCGUCGUCGCGAGCAGUUAGUACGUUCGCGUGCGCGGGCGCAGUUCGCACGUGACGCUGCAGAAGCUCGCGCCUGGGUGGCUGACAAGCUGGCCCAGCUGCCCGCACAAGCUGGUAAGCUACAAACUUACAACGCCAAGGCAGCCGCCCCACCGGUCGCCAUACUUAACGCGCGCUGCGAGGCCGCCAGCGACUACACGAAGCGCGCGCACGUGUUCCGGCUGUCGUGCGGCGACGGCGCGGAGUACCUGUUCGCGUGCGGCUCGCAGCAGCUGCUGGCCGAGUGGGUGGCCAAGCUGGCCUUCCACGCGCACCUGCCGCCGCAGCUGCAGCUCACACCCUACAGCGAGGCCUCCACCCUGCCCACCCUCUCCACCGUCUCCACCGUCUCCACUGACGAGCUGAGGCGGCGGCUGCACCAGAAUGCAUCCUCGUCAUCAUCAGCGGCGUCGUCCCCGGAGCCGCAGCGCGCCGCCCGCAGCCAGGCCGAGAUCCUGCAGCAGCACAGGAACUCGCAGACCGCGACGCAGGCCGAGCAGCUGCCCUCACAGCGCGCCUCCGCCACUCCGGAACGACAUAUUGAAUCAGCAGUGUUGCCGUCACUACCACCGCGUCAGCCGCCGCAGCCGGCGCAGGCGCACGAAGAACCCGCAGAUGUUGUACUCAGGAAUGCGUCAGAGCGCAGCAGCAGCCCCUGGGGCAGGUCGCGUUUCUCCAACGGCAGAGACCUUAACGCGGAGUUCCUGCGCUCGCAGAGAGAGGCGGAGGGCGGAGUCCCUCCCCUUCCAGCGAGCGUGCCUCCAGAGAGACCUCCCGUCCCCGACAGAGCACCAGCCCUCCCUGAACGAGGACCCAACCUCCCUGAACGUGUACCUCACACCACGGAGAGGAUCCCCACUGAGAGACCAGAAAGAUUAGAGAGAGCAUCCAUGAUAGCUGAACGAGGUCUACUGGAGAAGAACCCCCAGCAAUCCGUCACAGCAUUGGUGAACUCCUACCAGCAGAAGAUGAGCAGAAGCUGGCAGGAGAAGGACCAGAACAGGAACCCAACCUGGCAGGGCCAGGGUCAGGGUCAGAAUAACAACUGGCAGACGGUGGAGACCUCACAUUUCUACUCGACCAGCGAGCUCGCAUACGGCGAGGGCAGUGCAGGCAGCACGAGGCCCGCCUCAGUGGCCGGCAGCGGCGGCUCUCCAGCACUGGACCAGAGACCAGCUUCAAGAUCAUCUGGUGAAUCUGAACUGUCAGUGAGCGGAGUCACGAAGGACAAGAAGGAUAAGAAGGACUGA